AUGCAGAAAGAAAAUGAUAGAAUGCGAAAGAAAAAAGAUGAAACUCGUGAGGAGGAGGAAAUCAGCAUUUUUCACUGUGAUGACGGCAGUGUGUAUGAAGGGAGGGUGACUCGUCGUGAGAUUCCUGUUGAAUUACCUCUCGGUAUGCCGACACCCGCUCCUGCUUCCACUCUGCGUGGGCAGCUGCCUCCGGAGGUGAUGCCCCAAAUUGUUCCAAUUCAACAUGGGAAAGGGAUUUUUAAGGACGCGGGUGGCACAAUAUACGACGGUAACUGGAUUGAAGGCGCUAUGUGCGGGGAGGGUGUCCUGCAGUUUCCUAGUGGGGCCACAUACACCGGCGGUAUGCGCGCCAAUGAAUUUUGUGGUACAGGCACUUACAAUUGGCCCGAUGGUUCUCGCUACGAAGGGCAGUGGGAAAAUAAUAGGAUGCAUGGAUUUGGAGUUUACGUUGAUGCUCAGGGGGGACGUUGGGCGGGGAAGUUUUAUCGAGGAUGUGGAGUUGGUUUAUUGGGUGAAAUUCACCUGUGA